AUGGCACGAAAAACAAUAACAAGGGGAGAGCGAACAGAAACUUGCUCCGGAACCGGAACGUUCUUCUUAUGUUCUGGAUUAUUUCAUGUGUGUGAUGAAGUCCAGGUAUCCACACCAUGGAAUGUUAUAAUUAUGUUUAAAUUUCAUUUUCAAAAAUAUAUAAAACGAAAUCAAGUUUCACAAAUGGAAGAACUCAAAAGAACUUCUAGUUUGAAACUCCACUGA